AUGGCUGAGGAAAAGCAAAAUGUAGCCCACCCUCAGAGCUAUAUUAAUACACAAAUUCCUACACCAACGACAUUUGAUCCAUUAUGGCCAACUCCAGCACCAGGACAAUUUUUCCACAGCGAUCCAAGAAAUCCUAAGAGGAUACCAGAAUCGAAGUUCACUAAAUUCGGUGAGCAAGCAUCCGAGAACAAUAUUCCUUGCUCAGCCUAUACAGAUGAUAUAUGUUAUCAGCAGCAAGAAAAAUUGGGUCCUGAGAAUGUAUCAAAAUGCUGCCAAAAAGGUAUCUACCUUACUGAUGUGUGUAUACCAGGGAAAUGCUCAAAUCAAACUACGCAACUCUGUUGUUUCCAGAAAUUUCUGCAGGCACGUUAUGCUUGCUGUGAAGAUGACGAACAGUCACUUGGUCCCGCUAGCACUACAGAUUUUAGUAAAUGCUGUUUCGAUAAUUUUGUGAAUGAGGAUGAAUGCUGUGCUAAGGAAGUUGCUGCGCUUUAUUGGCGAUCUGUGCAUGAGGUCUGCUAUCCGAAUACGAAAGUUGACUACUCGGGGAUAAAAAUGGAGGGGGGAGGGGAGCAGAAGGAGGGAGCGAGGGAGAGGGAUAAGGGGAAGGCUUUACUCAGAGAUUGUGGGUAG